AUGAGUCAGAGCAGGAGCCGGAAGAGCCAGAACAGGGGCCUAAUGAGUCAGAGCAGAAGCCAGAGCAGGAGCCAGAGGAGCCAGAGCAGGUCCAGAACAGUGCCCAAUGAGUCCGAGCAGGGCCCAGAGGAGCCAGAGCAGGAGCCAGGGCAGGAACUAGGGAAGCCAGAGCAGGAACCAUACGAGCCAGAGCAGGAACCAGAGGAACCAGAGCAGGAGCCAGAGGAGCCAGAGCAGGGACCAGAGCAGAAACAAGAAGAGUCAGAGCAGGAGCCAGAGCAAUAUCCAGGGCAGGAGCCCAAUGAGUAAGAGCAGGAGCCAGAGCAGGAGCCAGAGGUGUCAGGGCAGGAACCAGGGCAGCCAGAGCAGGAACAAGAAGAGUCAGAGCAGGAGCCAGAGCAAUAGCCAGAGCAGGAGCCCAAUGAG